GAGGAAGAGAGAAGGAGAGAAAGAGAGAGAGAGAAAGAGAGGUGGCUGUAGAGUGAUGGGACCUGGCUGAGGGAACGGCAGCGAAUGAUCACUCUCCGAGCUGGUAAUGACAAAUGACAGGUAAACAGACGUGAAGGAUGACUUCUUGCUCAGAGAUCUGUGGGUCAGAAUAUGGUGAGCAAGUUCAAACCAGUGGAAACUACCAGCAGUAUGGAGUCCGCUCCUACCUACACCAGUUUUAUGAGGACUGCACAGCUUCUAUCUGGGAACGUGAUGAAGAUUUUCAGAUUCAGAGAUUGCCUAGCAGGUGGAGCUCUUUACUCUGGAAGGUCUGUCUCGCGUUCGGUACUCUGAUCUUGUUUGCGGGCCUCAUUGUUGUUUUGGUAGGUUAUGCCACUCCAGCCAAGAUUGAAGCAUUUGGUGAAGAUGAUCUGCUCUUUGUUGACAGCCAUGCCGUCAGUUUCAACCGUGCGCUGGAUGUUUGUAAGCUGACUGGUGCUGUGCUGUUCUGUGUGGGAGGCACCUCCAUGGCUGUGGGUCUCCUGCUGUCUGCCUUUGCCAAAAGCUACUCCAAAGAGGAAUUGUUUCUGCAGCAGAAGUUUAAGGAGAGGCUGGCAGAUCUGCAAGCAACAGUUGGUACUCCAAUAAUGAGAGCACCAACUCCAGGAGACGGAAAGGUGCCAGUCACACUUACCAAAGUCCAGAACAUCCAGCCAGUGACCACAAAGUCGAAGCCUUGAUCAAUGCUGAAGUCAAGGCAUAAAUUGAAGUGAAGGUUGUAUGAGGACUGGUGUGUGUCUGUCAAUCCAUGUGUGCAAUUUCUCUUUUUGAAAGGUCAGCUUACAUAACUGAUAGUAUUGGUUCUUCAUCUUUGUUUGUUUGACAUUAAAACCUGAUUUUAAAGACUUGAAAAGGAUGAACAAAAUUUAGGGGUUGCUUUUAUCAGAUGUAUGAAACAGUAACACAAAAAACACACACUGUCUUAUUCAGAAAAGAAGUCAUUAAGAAAUUCACAGAAGGCAUCCACAGAAAAACAACACUGUCGUUUGCACACAGAGCCUUUUUUUUUCUGUCAAGAGAAUUCUCCCUUUUGUAAAAAGAGAAUGUUGUUACUGCUGGAGGGUGACGAGUAGCAGAUGCAGUCUUUGAUGUUAUUGGCUCCUGUUCCCAGAAAUGAUCAAAAGUACAGCUGAACACAGCAAUCAUUAUCUCUGCCUAGAGACCAUCAGGAUCAGUUCAUGUAUGGCGUUAUUACUUGAUAAGAGUGCAAAUGUACCAUAUUUAUCUCAAACAUUCAUCCAGGCUGACAACGAGAGCCGUGAAUCACAAAGUAUGAAUGCGGUAACUCAAAGGUCUUAACUUUCCUAAAGGUUCACAGUGUCCUAACAGAUUAGACACAAAUGCAGAUUAGAAGAGACAGUAUGGGCAGAUUUCUGUGUCUAUCUUCUGUCUUAUUAGGCCACUGACCUUGUUUCCUUCAGUAAAUCUUCAGACAGAAUCAAUACACGAGACCAGACAGGCUGAUGAAAGUUACAUUGAACCGGACAGAGCAUGUAGAACAGUACGAUCUGUCAGAUUACUUUCCAGAUAUGGCAAAUAAGACAUUCAUCAUGCCUACUAUCAUUUCUUUCAUCGUUUUUUUAAUACCUAAACACUCUCCCCUUCCCGUGUCUCCUUUUCACUCUGUGACAAAUGCAAGUUUGUAGACACACACGUAUCCAUCAAAGCAGACAGCGUUUUAAAUCAAAAUGUUAAUAGCCACCAGACAUGAAGACGGGUGCAUCGAGAGACACAACGUGACACACGGGUUACAUAACAAAGGGAUGAUGAGAGCACAUGCAGCUCUCCAAUGAGAAAUCAGCGACAUCAUAUUUGACAGCACUAAUGGUUGAAUUAAAGAGAUUCAAUAACUGCCUUCCUACUAUCACACACAAAACUUGAAAUAGCAUUUAUAGACAGCAAGGUUUAACACCAGUGAACUGAUAAACUCUGACACCACAUUUUGGUUUAUUUUUUUGUUUUUUGUAUAGAUAAUUUGUUUAUGUACUGUAUCGGAAACUGAAGGAAUGAAUAUUAAGAGGGUUUCUGUUUCAUUCAUUCCUGUAUUUUAUACAAGUAUUCACACUGUAACUGUAACUUAGAAGCACAAUAAGCUGAUAAUGGCCAUGUUUUGCUGCUUUUUAAUACACUGUGUCUACCUACAUGCGUUACAAACAUUUUUAUUACAAAUACUGUAAUUCUACCACUUUAAAAGCCUGUUUUUGCAUUGUUUUUCUUGCAGUGUAUCUUUGGUUUCAUCAUUGUAAUAUGACUUUCAUAUCAUAUGACUAUUAUAUGAGUUUUUUUUUUUUUUUUUUUUUUUAACUGUACUUGGUUAGAACAAUGCUGCUGUCCAAGCUACAAGCCUCCCAUGCUGCAGGUCUUUCCAAACUAUAUUUCAUCAUCAGAUCCAGGCAGCACAGCUCGCAUAUUUACUGUAUAAAAUGUUGAGAUGCUAUGGUGACUACUAUUGUCUGUGUAAGUUGACCUUUUCAAUAUUAUUCUUAUUACCUCCAAUCUUCUGUCUUUUUACUAUUAUUCAAAAAAAAAAAUCCUGAUGUCAUUUUAACACAUUUGCUCUCAGAUGCAACACAGAAGCAUAGUUGUAACUAUGAAAAAGAAGUUAGUAAUAAGCAAGGCAUUUCAUUUUCAAGAUACACAACCACUGAGCUGCAGAUCUUCAGGACAUGAAGAAAAGCCAAGUUGUUAAACAAGCCAUUAUGGACAAACCUUCUAGUGUGGCGAAGACUUUAGCAAGCAAUCAGUGCUGAUUUUUAUGCUUUUCCCUGCUGCAUUACAAUCUCAAAUCCAUAAUGGAUUUUUUUUUCCUGCUAUAACUCUAACUUCAAGUAUUUCCUGAUGUAACAGUGGAUCAUCCUAGUAAAUUUAAAAAAAUGAUGCUAUACUUAUUGGAGAACAGAUUGGAUAAAGAACAAAUAUAAAUCUGUCUAAAUGCAGUAUGUCUAUUUUUCAAACAGCACAAUAAAACUGACAUAUCGGUG